AUGCCUGCUUUUGCGGGCUUGACACGUUGUGAGAUGUCUCGUGAGAGGAUUCGUGACGCUCACCACGCUUUCUUCCUGCUUGCGAAAUGCCCAGGUUUCCGAAGCAAAGGUCAAAACAGCAAGUACAGUGGUGUUGAAGAGAUUCAGCUGAAGACCGAUGCAUCCAUAUGUUUCGUCGAAUUCGGUCAGCAUUCGUUCCGCUUGGCUGAUGCUAAGUGUUAUCAGAACGAUGUCAUCAGCAAAGCGCAAAUGAAUGGCGAAAUUCCCGGUCGUGAAGUUGCUGUGCAACUCUCGAAGUAUCUUUAUGUACUGAGUAGGGACGCUUUGGUUGUCCAAGGCUUCUAA